AUGCGUACAUGGGGCUUGCGGGGUGCGGUGGAGCGCGGCGGGGGCGGGGGAGGGCGCGCGCGCUAUGUGGGUCAGGGCCGGGGCGCGACGCACGCGGCCGCGAGGACACGCCGCGCCGCCUGUGACGGAUGCUGGGCAUACUCGCCUCGCCGCUCACCGCGCCGGCAGGCGGCGGCGGCGCGGCGGCUCGCAGCAGCGGCCGCGGCGCUGCGCCUGCACUCCUGCAGCCUCGUCGUCUCGGCGGCGGCUCGCAGCAGCGGCCGCGGCGCUGCGCCUGCACUCCUGCAGCCUCGUCGUCUCGGCGGCGGCUCGCAGCAGCGGCCGCGGCGCUGCGCCUGCACUCCUGCAGCCUCGUCGUCUCGGCGGCGGCUCGCAGCAGCGGCCGCGGCGCUGCGCCUGCACUCCUGCAGCCUCGUCGUCUCGGCGGCGGCUCGCAGCAGCGGCCGCGGCGCUGCGCCUGCACUCCUGCAGCCUCGUCGUCUCGGCGGCGGCUCGCAGCAGCGGCCGCGGCGCUGCGCCUGCACUCCUGCAGCCUCGUCGUCUCGGCGGCGGCUCGCAGCAGCGGCCGCGGCGCUGCGCCUGCACUCCUGCAGCCUCGUCGUCUCGGCGGCGGCUCGCAGCAGCGGCCGCGGCGCUGCGCCUGCACUCCUGCAGCCUCGUCGUCUCGGCGGCGGCUCGCAGCAGCGGCCGCGGCGCUGCGCCUGCACUCCUGCAGCCUCGUCGUCUCGGCGGCGGCUCGCAGCAGCGGCCGCGGUGCUGCGCCUGCACUCCUGCAGCCUCGCUCCGUCGGCGUGCAGCUGGUAA